GGCACAUGCAUGUGUUGCUGUGAACCCAUGGAGACUGUUGCUCUUUCCCUGUGUGGGCAUCACAGCGUUUGCGGGCUGUGCAGUUAUCGACUUCGGGUACUCCUGAACCAAACUCAGUGCAUCUUCUGCCAGCAGAUAUCAGAGAGCGUCUUCAUAGCAGACUCUCGCGACUUCCCCCCGCAAGGCCCCAUGGACCACGUUGUCUGGGACAAUCAGACCAAAGUGUGCUUCGAGACCGAAGAGCUCGCUUCUCGCUUCCGCGCCCUCACGGUGGCCAAGUGUACAACAUGCGAAGAGACUUUCAACACGGUGAAACAGCUACAGAGUCAUACGAGAACUUGUCACAGGCUGAGGUACUGCUGGCUCUGUCUAGAGAACAGGAAGAUCUUCAUCUCGGAGCAGGCGACCUACGACCAACAGCAGUUCCGUGUGCAUCUGACAGGCAGAGAUGGCAGCGGCCUCAAGUCAGGGCAUCCGCUGUGUAAGAUGUGCUGGAGGCGCUUCUACGAUGACACGCAGCUGAUCUACCACAUGUCGCAAGAUCACUUCGCCUGCCACGUCUGUCAGAGGCGGAGGGAGGACGACGAUCGCCAGCAGGUGGAGUUCUUCCAGAACUAUGAGCAGCUCUUUGCGCACUUUCGCUCGGAGCACUACGUAUGCGAGGAAAGGAGCUGCAUGGAUCUGAGGUUCAUCGCGUUCGGGACCGAGUUGGAGCUGUUCUCGCACAUGUCAAGCGAGCAU